CGCAGAUAAAGUAAAUAAAAUAUUUGGAGUUAUAAUGUUCAUUCAGUUCUUCGGUAGCACAAUGACAGUCUCUUUUACGUUAUAUCAAUUGACAAAAAUAUCAUCAACUUCUGUCGAAUAUGCAAAAAUGUCGCUCUACAUGUAUUGCAUGUUAAUACAAAUUUAUCUCUACUGCUGGUACGGAAAUUUAGUGACUUUAAAGAGCGAAGAAAUUGUCUACCAAAUGUUCGAUACAAAUUUGAUGGAGCUAAGCAAUGACAUCAAGAAGAGCCUUUUGAUUAUGAUGUAUCGUACGACGAGGCCGAUCGUUAUUAUCGUUAUGAAUCUGUUUCCUUUGAACAUCGAAUCGUUCCUGAGCAUACUUAAGACCGCAUACACGGCAUACAACUUCUUAGAACAAACUCUUCUAGUAUCAUCUCUGUCUUUAUCGCAAAUGAUCGGUAUUGCUUCAAUCGCAAUUGAUUCGGGCGAAGUUUCCGAUGAUAUUUACGUAUUCUUGGCACAUUUCGUAUCUUGUUUUAAAUUGUUAUGUCUUGUGAUCAAUCGUAACAAUAUUGUUAAAUUAAUUGAUACUCUGGGACAAGAACCGUAUCGACCACUGGACGAUAUGGAAACGAACAUUCAAACAAAGUUUGACAAAUUGUCUCGGUUCAACAUUCACAGUUAUGUAUCCUUGAUUACAUUCACGGUGAGCCACUUUUUAUUCAUGUCAUUGAUUACAGACUUUAGAAAAAGACAAUUAACUUUUCGAGCUUGGUUGCCAUUCGAUGAUAGCAUGACCCCCGUUGUAUUUUAUUUAACUUACGCUCACCAAAUGGUGGCACUGACAUUAGGGGCAGUGAUUCACGUCGCUCUAGAUACUCUGAUCAGCGAUCUUCUCCUAAACAUUUGCUGUCAGAUUAGAAUUUUGGAAAAUCGCCUUACAAAUAUCACGAAUGAACGAAAGGUCAUUUUGAAACUUUGCAUUCGUCAUCACGAAUGUAUAUACGGGUUUGCUGCUGACGUAAAUAAAACGUUUAAAUUUGCAAUCUUUGUCCAAUUUCUUGCAAGUACAUUCACAGUCUGUUUUACUCUAUUCCAAAUAACAAAAAUAUCAGUUAAUAGUUUGGAAUUUUUAAAAAUGACAUUAUUUAUGUUUGGCAUGUUAAUCCAAGUGUAUCUCUACUGCUGGUAUGGGAAUUUAGUCACUGUUAAGCAUCGUCGUUUACGAUUCUCAGCAUCUGCGGAUGCUGGAGACCUCCAUCUUGCUUUUCUAAUAUCUACUGUAUCAUUAUCACAAGGCAUCGGUAUUGUUCUGAACGAAGGCGAUUCGAAUGAUUCCUCCGAUGACAUUUAUGUAUUCUUCGCGAUACUUAUAUCUUGUUUCAAAAUGUUAAGUCUAAUGAUCAAUCGCAAUAAAAUUGUUAAUUUUGUUGGUACUUUAACACAAAAACCAUACAAACCAUCCGAUGGUGUGGAAACAAGAAUUCAAAUCAAGUUUGACAAUUGGUCGAGUCUGCUUUUCUUUUAUAGAUUAGCCGAUAAGGUGAAUAAGAUGUUCGAAUUUACUAUCUUCAUUCAAUUUUUCAUCACCACAUCGACAAUAUGUUUUACAUUGUACCAAUUAACAAAAGUUUCACCGAUUUCCUUCGAGUGUGUAAAAAUAUUGAUCUACAUAAUUUGCAUAUUAACACAAAUAUAUCUCUAUUGUUGGUACGGAAAUUUAGUUGAAACGAAGAGCGAAGAAAUUGCAACGAUAAUUUUCAAUAUAGAUUGGAUAACACUUAGCGAUGACAUCAGGAAAAAUCUUUUGUUUAUGAUGAAACGUACGAUGAAGCCAAUCGCCUUCGUCGUCAUAAGAAUUCUUCCUGUCAAUUUCGAUUCUUUCGUCAAAGUACUUAAAACAUCGUACUCGGCAUAUAAUAUUUUGCAGCAGACACAAGGAAAAUAAAAAGAAACGUAAUAUCGAAAAUGGGGAAAAGAAUAAGUGUGCAAAAG